UCAGUUCUUGCCGUCGCAGGCUAGCAGUCAGAUGGAAACGCGGGAAGACGUGACGAGACUCAUAGACGAAGACAACGACAAUGAGGUAUCGGAACGAGAAGCAAACGUCGUUGUCGCGCUCGAAGAAGAGAACCUGCUGCUCAAAGAGAAAAAGAGAAGGAAGAAACCGAGCGGUUUGACGGUCGUCAUUGCAGGUGGAGUGGUGUUUAUGAUUGGUGUUGGUAUCGGAUUAGUCGUUGAUAUCCUCGUUGGCCUGCCGGAGAGAGAUUAUCACGGAGCAGUGGCGGCUGAUUCUGAGAACUGCUCGCUGAUUGGUACUGACAUGAUAAAAAGGGGAGGCUCAGCUGUUGAUAGUGCCAUUGCUGUUCUUCUUUGCAUUGGUGUCAUCCAUGGACAGUCAUCAGGCCUUGGAGGAGGAGGCUUUAUGAUCGUACGUGAUGCCAAGGGUAACGCAGAGGCAUUUGAUUUUCGGACAACAGCACCGGCGGCAGCUUCUCCUGAUAUGUUUCGAGAUAAUCGUCAUCUCGCUCUUGCUGGAGGACUGGCAGUUGCAGUUCCCGGUGAAUUGAAAGUGAUGUCUGAGGCUCACAAGAAAUACGGCAAAUUACCAUGGAGAGAUCUAUUUCAGCCAUCAAUUAUUCUUGCUCGUGAUGGUUUUACAGUCAACAGAGCAUUGGCUCAUGCUAUUAAUAUCUCAUUUGACAAGUUUUUAAGUCCACGAAUGAAGGAAGUGUAUGGACGAAACGGAUUUCCCUUGCAGGAAGACGAUACAGUUUAUCGUAAACAGUUGGCUAAGACCUUGUUUACACUGGCCAACAACAGCAGCUCAUUCUACGAUGGUGAUAUUGCAAACAGCAUAAUUGAGGAGAUUUCUGAUGGGGGAGGUAUAAUGACCCUUGAUGAUCUUAAGAACUACACAGUGAACAUACAACCUCCGUUAGAAGGGAGAUUUCGUGGAUCUACAGUAUUGGGUGUUCCACCUCCAGGGUCAGGAGCUGUGCUCAUCUCGAUUCUCAAUAUAAUGGAUGGAUACAAUGACAUUACAAAUGAUGCAACAACGUAUCACAGAUUGGUGGAGUCUUUUAAGUUUGCGUACGCGCAACGAUCACAUCUCGGUGACCCGUUUGACCAAUCUGUUCGUGACGAAGUUGAGCAGUUGAUUAUCAACAUGACAAGUCCUGCUGUGGCUGACGAAUUGCGUUCUCUCAUUACUCCUAAUGAAACUCACGACCCUUCGUAUUACGGUCACGCGUUUGACCUCGAGGAAAUUCCUGGUACAACUCAUGUGUCAGUGUAUGGUCCAGAUGGUGAUGCUGUGGCUGUUACAAGUUCAGUCAACACGUACUUUGGUGCGAAACUGAUGACCAGAACUGGAAUCGUUCUCAACAAUGACAUGGACGAUUUUAGCAGUCCCAACAUCACAAACUACUUUGGAUUACCUCCAGCUAAAAACAACUUCAUCAUACCCGGGAAACGACCACAAUCAUCACAGUCACCAACCAUCAUUAUCAGCAAGAAGCCAAACAGUAAGAAGGAUUAUGUGAGAUUAAUAGUUGGAGCUGCAGGUGGAACGAUGAUUACAACCUCAACAGCUCAAGUGAUAUUAUACGCUCUUGGAAUGGGGGAAAGCGUGACUGCAGCCGUAGAACGACGAAGAAUUCACAAUCAACUCAUUCCCGACCGCACAUUAAUCGAAGACGGAUUCAGUGACAACAUCAAAUGUCAACUGAUUGAGAUGCAUCACAAUGUUGAACCAGCAAAUUCGACCAUCGCUGUCGUCCAAGCCGUCAUGGCAACAUAUCCAUCAGACGCUGCGUACAGGAGUGACGCUGACAUACAACUGUCAGCACAGUCCGACAGUCGAAAGGGAGGCAAUGCCUCCGUUGUGUAAACGACUCAUCAGAUUGAUGGAGACUUAUUUUAAUAUUGUCUUACUGUAUCUAACUGAAUUAUUAUUCAAUCAAAUCAAACGUUUUCAUUGUGUUAAUAA